AUCACAACUUUCCCAUUCCAUCAGUCAUUACAGCAAACGGUUUCGCUGUUCAAACAGGUCCUCCAUUUCAGAUCUAGCGUUAGGGUUUCCUCCUCCCACUCCGCCAUCGAGAUCAUCCACCACGCCCCCGCGAUCGAUGUCCUCCGCUUCUCGUUCUGUGGCGGGGUACGGUGCCAUUCCCACCGCAGCGCCCGCGCGGGCCCCCGGAGCACCCGCCUCCCGCACCGUCGAGAUGUUCUCCCGCGCCAAGGAGCGCGGUAGGGCCCUGGUGGCCACCCGGCGGCCGUGGCGCGAGCUGGCUGACCCCUCCGCCUUCUCCCGUCCCUACGGUUACCGCGACGCCAUGGCCCGCGUCCGCCGCAACCUCGCCUACUUCCGCGUCAACUACGCCCUCGCCGCCCUCGUCGUCCUCUUCUGCAGCCUCCUCUGGCACCCCAUAUCGAUGAUCGUCUUCCUCGCCGUCUUCCUCGCCUGGUUCUUCCUCUACUUCUUCCGCGACGAGCCGGUCGUGCUCGUCGGCCGCACCCUCGACGACCGCCUCGUGCUGGCUGCUCUCUCCCUGAUCACCGUGGUUGCUCUGGUGUUCACCCAUGUCGGAUUGAAUGUACUGGUCUCGCUUAUCAUUGCUGCUGUGCUCAUCGGGCUUCACGCGGCAUUCCGCAUCACGGAUGACCAAUUUCUCGAUGAACAGGAGGCGGCUGAUGAAGGCUUGCUUUCGUUUGCCGGAUCCUCAAUGGGGGAGGCUUAUGGCCGGGCGUGAUCCUACUCACUCCCCAUCGGAGACGGAUUUGUCCUCUAUUAUGCUGAGAUGAAAUUCCCAGGAAGCAUUUAUUGAUGCAAGGUUGUGACGGAUUCAUCGGAGAAUGCAUGAUCUUAUUGCUAAAUUGGAUCAUAUUGACUAUGCCCUGCAUCUUCACCUUUCUGGUCCUAAUACGCAUCUGCAAAAUAAGAAUACCCCUUCUCCGACUCCACCCCAAGAAUGGAGAGGAGAAGAGUAGGCAGCAUCGGAUACCACUCAGGGGAUCCCCGGACGUCUCUCGAUCGCAAGCAGAAGCCGGCAGGCACCACAAAAUUCAGCGGCCUGCAUCGGUUCAACGCUUCGCUUGCCGGUGAGCGUUGCCUGAAAUCGACGCAUUCUUCUGUCCAUGACUCGUCACUGCCUUUGUUGAGGACCACAGGUUCAUGCGAGCAGUCCACCCAAGCAUGUGUCUGAUACGUUUGUGUUGACUGUGAAGUCCUGAGAGCUUUACAUGGAAGAGGAGUUUGUGGCUGGUCCAGUGCGUGCAUGGUCACUUUCGCCUACAUGCUCAAUAAUGGCUGCGGUACAUCCACCUUGAGCAGUUUCCAGUCCCCAUCGUCUCCGAAAGAUUUGAAUCCCUUUCCUGGAAAUAGACCAAGAAGAUGUUACAUGAGUUGAGAGCUUCGUGGUAGAUUUUAGAUCUCCACAAGGUAGAACAAAUUGCCAUCCUUAGUCAUCGGGAAGCCAAUUCCAACAAGUCUCCCGUACACUCGCUCUGCAGUCUUCCCUUGAACCGGGACGGACAUAUCUGGAAUGGGGCAAGUGCUCAGAAUCUAACAAGAACAGAGUUACAGCAGCAUCUGUACAAUCUCACAACAUCAAGCACAAGAAAUGUAGUGAGGGUGCCCAACCACUUCCCUUCGGUCUGCCUAUUUGCGUUAAGGCUUUUCUGAAUGCUAAGCUUGGACGAGUGCUUAACCUGAUCUGCAUCCUCCAUCCCCUCAACAUCAGACCAGAAUCUGAUGACGGAAGAGAUACCCAAACCACACACACAGCGAGCAACACACCAGCAGAUGACACCGUGAAGAAAGGAAACAGAGAACAGAGACCACUGUUUCAAGGGUCUCCUCCUCCAUGGAUCCUGGAACUUACGAAGAAGAAGAUUAUUAUUACAGACAAGCUGAGGAGGCUCAUGAAUCCCCCCCACCGUCAUACCAUGCAAACACUAUGUCUCCCAGCUCUGCCUUCAACUCCUCCCAGCAAAAGUCUUCACCUUCGCUGCUGCCACUAUCGCCGCUGUCUUCGAGUUUUAGCUCCACUAGCAGAAGCGGCGAGGCCACCUCCAAUACCUCGACCGACAAGAUCGACCCCCACCUCGCCACUGCUGAUCCCUUUCUUGUCUCCACCAUGUAGCCCAGUUUCUCUCCGGUCGCGUCGAUCCUCUCCAUGAUCUUCUCGACGGACUGCGUCGAAGUGAACCUCUUCUCCUUCUUCUUCUUCUUCUUAUCGCCGUCGUCGAACAGCCCCGAGAGGUUCAAACCCGACGACAGGGAUAUGAGCUCGAACGCGUUCAGGAUGGGAGUGAGAUCGUUUCUUGUGGUCGGAGGAAGGUGCGCCAUGCUACUGAGCUGCGAGUCCAGGCUCAAGGACCGCUUCAGCCACGGGUGCUCCAUCAAUGCGCCGAUGGUGAUCCUGGUCUCGGGGUUGGGGUCCAGCAGCCGGAGCAGCAGCCGACGCGCCGACGGGGAGACCCACGGCGGCAGCUCAUACUCGCGCUUGUGGAUCUUCCGGUACAUGAGGACGAGGUUGGCGUCGUCGAAGGGCAGGGAGCCAGCGAGGAGGACGAAGAGGAUGACGCCGCAGGACCAGGCGUCGGCCUUGGCGCCGUCGUAGCCCUUCCGGCGGAUAACCUCAGGGGCGGUGUACGCCGGGGUGCCACAGGCGGUGUGGAGGCGACCGUCGCGGAGCUGCUCGGGCAGCGCGGCCAGGCCGAAGUCGGACACCUUGAGGUUGCCGUCGCGGUCGAGGAGGAGGUUCUGGGGCUUGACGUCGCGGUGGGCGACGCCGCGGGCGUGGCAGUAGUGCAGGGCGGAGACGAGCUGCUGGAAGUAGCGGCGGGCGACGGACUCGGGGAGGCGGCCUCGGCGGGCGACGCGGGCGAGCAGGUCACCGCCGGGGGCGUGCUCCACGAUGAGGUAGAUCUUGGACCGGGUGGCCAUGACCUCGUAGAGCUUGAGGAUGUUGGGGUGGGAGAGGCGGCGCAUGGCGGCCACCUCGGUGAGGAAGCUGCGGGACAACCCGGAGUCGACCAGCUCGGGCUUGUCGAGGACCUUGACGGCCACGGCGCCACCGUCUGAGAGGGAGCGCGCCAGGUAGACCUUAGCGAAGGUGCCGCGGCCGAGGAGGCGGCCCAGCUCGUACCUUCCGAGGAGGACCUCGGAGUGGCGCUUGGCGGAGUUGGGAUUGGGAUUGGGUGCUGGGCGGUGGUGGUCCAUGGAAGGAGAAAGAGAACAAGAGACACCACAGCUCAGAGAGCGGCAGUCUCGCGCUCUGUUUCCUCUCCUGUCUGCCCCCGUUGGGGGGUGGGAAGAAUUAAGUACAGGUUGUAUAUAUGUACCAACCAAGGCACCGUCGCACCCUUUUCCUCCA